UUUCACUUCACAAAUCUUAACACAAAUCCAAGGUGAGCUUCAUGCUCUUUUUCUCCAGAUGCCCAUAUGAUGCUCUCUUCGAUACUUAUCUACAUUGUCCGACUGGCUUUCGCCAGAGUUGAAGAAAAUGUUUACUUCUGACCUCACAUGAUCUGUCGGUAGUUUCACGCUUGCUAAUGUUUCGUCAUGUCAGGGCCCAGAGUCUCCUUUGCCUUUUGGAGGACUCUUGCUUUUUCCAAGCUGUUGUAUAUGUCUUCUCCUGCGGAGAGAACGUCAUAGCUAAUGAGGCCACGUCGUCUUGUAGUACCUCUGUGCAAUGAAUUUCUACUUCGAAGCUGCUAGCGUGCUGGACAAGUUGAAUGCUAAGCAAGGCUCCAUCAAAGGCAUAAUUGGUACUGUGCCGGAGAGAAACAGGAAGCGGACGGCAGCACUCGUCGUUGAGACCCUCAAAUACAGACCAGUCCUUGCCGAGGUGCUUGAUGCGGCCAAGUUGCUUAGGCAGGAGAAGAAGAUCACUUCCCAGAAUCUUGCUCUUGUUCUUGUCCACGACCUAUUAUUGGCGAAUGGGAUCCAAGCUGGGGAUGGCCCUGUUAAACAGGCUAUACUGAGGCACAAGACAAGACUCAAUAGCGAGCUUCAGCGCAUCAAGAUAAGGCGUGGCGCGAGAUCUACUAAAGAGCUCGCUCGCGCAGCAGAUGUGAGAGCCGAGAGAAUUCCUCGCUAUGUGCGGGUAAACACCACAUGCUGGUCUACAGAGGAAGCCGUGAAGACGUUCAUUUCCCGUGGCUACCAACUCUCGGGUCCUUUCGAAGAGAAGUACGCCGCUGCAUGCGCUUCACGUCUCAACAUUUCGGGAUUCGCAAAGGAUGAGCACAUCUGCGACCUCCUUCUGUUUCCUCCUGAUACACAACUCUCCGACGACUCGCUCUAUCGCGAAGGCAAAAUAAUCCUCCAGGACAAGGCCUCAUGUUUUCCUUCCUAUAUUCUUGCUCCACCUACGCAAGAUCGAGCGGUGGUUAUCGAUGCGACGGCCGCUCCUGGGAACAAGACGUCCCAUCUAUGUGCUCUGAUGAAUAACCAGGGGAAGGCGAGUCCUAUUCGGUUCUGUCUUUUUGCGUUUGAGCGGGAUCGCAAGCGGUUCGGGACCCUGAAGACCAUGCUUUCAAGGGCUCGGUGUCAAAAUAUCGAAGCGGUGAAUGCGGACUUCAUGACCACUUCUCCUAACGACGGCAGGUUCGCCAGUGUCACACAUAUCCUGCUAGAUCCGUCUUGUAGCGGGUCUGGAAUAGUCAAUCGCCUCGACUAUCUACUCGAAUCAGGUCUGCAUAGCUAUCCGCAGUGGUCUUGUACUCCGCCUUGUACGCUCACAAACCUUAUAGAGGCGGAAAACCCCGAGGAAAAUGAAGAGCGGCUGCAAAAGCUCGCCUCGUUCCAACUGCUGAUGAUCAGACAUGCUAUGAAGUUCCCGUCGGUACAGCGUGUUGUAUAUUCGACGUGCAGUGUACACGCCGCAGAAAACGAGCAUGUGGUCCGAGAAGCCCUGAGGACGCAAGAGUGCAAGGCCGGGAAGUUUCGCCUUGCUCCGCGGAGCAUGGUGCUGCCUACUUGGCAGAGGCGAGGUCUCCCCGAAGAAAUGGACACGCCCGAUGACGCCGAGUCUCUCGUAAGGUGUUUACCAGGUGAAGACGCCACCAACGGGUUCUUCGUCAGUCUCUUCGUGCGCGAGUCGCCAGUUCCCGAAGGUGAUCAUCAGAACACCGUCACUAAGAGGAAGUUCCAGGACGAGACAGCUCAAAAAGACAAUGAUCGCCGCCAGGGGGAGCGCCGCAAACGCAAGAAGGGCACGACGAACGGAGAGCACGCCACGUAAGGCGCCGUCUAGUCUGUCUGUCAUAACUAAGUACGCCGCACAGGCACAACUAGUGUAGUCCCGGUAGCGUCCCUCGAUAUUACCUAUUACAAAGGAACAGCACUCUCAUGCAACAUUUGGACGGUAUACAACCAUGAGAAGAUAUUUGUUACGGCAAGUAAGAACAAGUCACGAUCCGUACCAGAAAAUCAACGCAGUUAGCUAUCGCGAUGAGUAGAGGCCACGUCCCAACGAUACCUGCAGCGAAUCCAGUUGCUAUCACAUGCGAUAAGAACAAAUCUCGGGAGGCGGGAAACGGAGGGAGAGGUGAAGCGUGCUGUGGUCUGGUUAUGAGAGCGACGAGAAAGGGUAAGUCGUAAUGCGAUCUGAAUCAAUCGGUCGGUUAGGGAUAGAAAAACAACGACUGUACGAUUAGUGCGCUGGCGUGGGGGCUUGCUGGGAGUACUGGUUUUGAUAGUACUGUGCGUAGUUAGAUGAGUAGUCCGCUCCUGGCUGUUGCUGGUAAUAGCCUUGACCGACGCUCUGACCAUACGGCGGAGCGCUAUAACCGUUGUAGCCAGAAGCACCGUAGCCAGCCUGGGGCGGGCGGUAUCCAGUGUUCUGCGGAGCUGGGAUAUUCGUCUGCCAGACUUCCGGACGCCGCCAAGGAGGGAUGUUGGAGCCGCCGGCGGUGAUAUCAUGGCCGGCCGACCCAGUCCACGGCUUCGCGUCAGCACCGCCAGGGCCUUUUCCAGACUCCCCGAGCUCGGCCAUGAGGCUAGCGUACUCUGAAUCGAAUCCGCCCUUCAUCGUGGGUGGCGGAGCGUGGUGGGCGGCGUUAGGAUCCCUGUUGACAGUGCAGUCGCGAGCCAUGUGCCCAGCGCUACCGCAAACGCGACAGAUGAUGUUUGCUGUGAAGUUACGCUGUUCCGGGCAGUCAUACUUCCGGUGACCGACACCACCGCAGUUCUGACAAAUCUGGUUUUCGUCGUCACGAAGAGUACCGUUAAGUGCGGCCAACUCUCGGAGCUGGUUACGUUUGUGGUCGUUCUGACCCUCUGGAGUCGAAGCCGCCUGCAAAAAAAAGGUCAAUACCGUGCAAAGUAUAAGUAUACAUCGAAACAUACCGUUUCAAUGACCCUAUUGAUCAUCCUGACACAUGCUGUAACCUUCUCAGGGAAGUCAGCAGUUACCAGACAGUGGAGGUCUUCUUCGGCGUCCUCUGCGUACUGUUCUGGUCUUGCUUUGCCCUCCUUAACGCUGCCCUUUCCUCGAAUGCUAAUCUUGGCACCACUGUCCCUCUCCAUUUUCUUCAGACUGUUGCCACGAGGUCCGACGAGUAGACCGAAGAAGUUAAUCUCGGGGAACUCCUUCACGGGGAUGUAGACUUUCUCCGAAGGACGUUGUGAACGCUUCUGCUGGUGAUACUCGACGGGAGGACGGAAGUUUGGGUCGUUCUUCAUAGCGCGGUCAACAAGCUUAAUGCGCUCGUCUUCAAGUUUCUUGCGAUAGCGGACUUCACGAGUAUUAGUACGGCGACCAUGAGAAUCAUAGGUGGGAGGAGGAGAAGGGGAUCUAGUAC